GGCAAUACCGCAUGACCACAUUAUGCAAACUGAGCCACUGCACCAAUUGACAUUGUUGGAAGAACAUUGUUUCACAGCCGAUAAACUACACAAACUGAUUACGGAUUUAAGACACUUGCAGCGACUGGAUAUCAUCGCCCAUCGGGUGAUGUUGAAUGAGGCAAAGCUGUGGCAAGUAGCAGCCAGCUGUCCAUCGCUAAAGAUCCUGGAUAUAUCAGGCAUAAAGCUGCACAAUGAAUUCUUUGAAUUUAGCCGGUGUCUCGUGGAGGCGACACUGAAGAAUCGUUCUCAGCACUUAGCAUUGUAUUGCCACAACACAGAUGAAAACGAAAAGCUGAUACAGCGUCACUUCAAGCAUCCAAAUCUGAGGAUUUCUUUUAAGCCUUUAGAACCGGAAAACGUCGACUGGGGUAUGGUGCGACUGCAUUUGAAACCGUUGGACCCAUCCUGGAAUAAUGUGCUACUUUUCAUUAAUGAAAUUUACAAAUAUUAUAAUUACAAUAAAUGA